AUAUGCUGAUCCAGCCGGGUAUGCCACACAACUUCGCAUACAAUGUUAAGGACGGCUACUCCGGCACCAACUUCGGCCACAGUGAGAACUCCGACGGCAACACCGUCCGUGGCUCCUACAAUGUCGACCUUCCCGACGGACGCAAGCAGACGGUGAAAUACGAAGCAGACCACCACAAGGGUUUCACUGCCAACGUGGAGUACUAUGGCGAGGCCCAGUACCCUCACCAGUCCGGUCCGGCAGUAACAUUCAAGCCCCAGCCAUCAUACCAGCCCCAGCCAUCAUACCCGCCCCAGCCAUCAUACCACCAGCCCCAGCCAUCAUACCCGCCCCAGCCAUCAUACCCGACCCAGCCAUCAUACCACCAGCCCCAGCCAUCAUACCCACCCCAACCCUCUUACCAACCCUAGUCCCCAGCCCUACACCACAUACAAGCCAUAAUCACUUUCGUUGUUAAGGUUCCCAUUCCAGUCAAAUCAUUGUUAAUUGUAAUGUUUCUAGAGACUUAAGUGUUUAAAUAAAUCCAAAGCAUUGA